CAGUGGCUGAAGAGCAAGUUAUUGAAAAAUGGAUCUUCUCUGGGAAAUCAUUCAAGUUCUCGGCGCACUGGCAGUUCUUGUUUUGAUUGUGGUGCUCAUUAUAGCACAUCUGACUGCAGGGAUGGUGAACCUGACACGGCACGACAAAGAGAAAUACUUCAUCGUGGCCUCAGGAGAGAAGCAGCUUUUCCCAAGUGUUCAUGAUCCCUCUUCCAGGGACCUGUCUGUGGUGAUUCCAGCUUACAAUGAGGAGCUCCGAAUGCCUGUGAUGCUGGAUGAAGCUAUAGAAUUCUUGGAAAACAGACAGAAACAAAACCCUUCUUUCACUUAUGAGGUGAUUGUGGUUGAUGAUGGCAGUAAAGAUAAAACUACAGAGGUCGCUUCGCGCUACACCAGGAAGUACGGCGCAGAUAAAGUGCGAGUCCUGACACUAGUGAAGAACAGAGGGAAAGGUGGAGCUGUACGGAUGGGAACUAUGAGCUCCAGAGGGAAACUCAUUCUGAUGGCAGAUGCUGACGGAGCCACCAAGUUUUCUGACAUUGAGAAAAUAGAAGCUGGACUUAAAAACCUCCAUCCUGGACCGGAGAACUUGGCCAUCUCCUGCGGCUCCAGAGCUCACCUAGAAAAAGAAGCGGUUGCUCAGCGCUCCGUGUUUCGUACAUUUCUCAUGUACGGUUUCCACUUCCUGGUGUGGUUCUUGUGCGUGAGAGGGAUUCGGGACACGCAGUGCGGCUUCAAGCUCUUCACACGUGAGGCUGCACUCAAGACCUUCUCCUGCCUGCAUGUAGAGCGAUGGGCUUUUGACGUGGAGCUCUUGUACAUUGCUCAGUGUUUUAAAAUCCCCAUAGCCGAGGUGGCGGUCAACUGGACGGAAAUAGAAGGGUCCAAGCUGGUGCCAUUCUGGAGCUGGCUGCAGAUGGGACGGGACCUGAUUUUCAUCCGCCUGCGCUACAUCACCGGAGCCUGGAAGCUGCAGCCGCCUCUUAAGACUGAUUAACCAAUCAGACAGGCCUCUGUGUCAGAGACACGGGAUGCUGGACGGCCAUGGAGCCUUUCAGUGAGGAGGGGUUCUGAUCAUGUCCAAGAUCUUGUUUUAAUUAUUCUUGGGAAGCGAGGCGCAGACACAUUCACCCUGCCUUUAUGUGGUUAAUAACGGCUUUUUAUAGCCACUGUUACAUUUCUGUCGCCACAACUUGCAGAAUGUCUGGAUGGAUGGUCGUGUGAGGGUUAUGUUGUGCCUGAUCCGCUGUAUGUGUGAACUGCAGCCAGAUUCGAAGGAUCUGUUGUGGUUCUUAAAGGGUAAAUGAUCAAUAUUAAGUUGUUUUCACAAGGACGGGGUUUUUGUUUUGGAGGAAACGUGACAAUGGUGGGUAACUUGAAACAAAAUAAAACAUCUACUGUUCAUCAGUAACUUGGUACCAAAGCUGUGGGAGUGCGUUUAUCGAAUGUAGACGUUCUACUAACCUGCAGAAUAAUCAUUUACAAAGUUUCCAGCAGAAUCCGUUUCAUGAUCUGCGAUCAGAUUUCAAUACGAGACUUGUCUAAACACAAAAUAAAGAAAAAAUGCA